AUGCAUUCCCUCGCAACGCUCAUAGCGCGCGCCUUCCUGCUUUUGCUCUUACUAUCGUCGGACACAGUUUUCCGACCUAUUCAUGACUGCGUGGCGGAAGCCGCUGCUGCAAGCUCAUCGCCGCCAGUAAGGCGACAAUGGGCGGUUCAGCUGCAUGACCCUACAACAGCGGAGGCGUAUUCUCCGGAGCAAGCUGAGGAGUAUGCGAAGGAACAUGGGUUCUUCUCACUUGGGCAGGUUGGCGCUUUGGAUGGGUAUUUCCUGUUCGAGGUGGAUAUAUGUCAUGCCGACGGGGAUGAUGGGGACACAUGCGCGGACGUCGCCCCUGACGACAAUGAGGUGGGCAACGAAGAGCAGCCACCCCGCCGCCGCACCCCAGACGAGAUGCACACCCUCCUCCUCGACCACCCCAGCGUGCGGUGGUUCGAAGCGCAAACCCCUCGCCAACUCCACAAACGGACCAACAACAAGCCGGAUUUUCUUAAAUUCCCGGACCCACUCUUUCCCCAGCAAUGGCACCUCUACAACGACGGCGUGAACGGGGCGUUCCCCACCCACGACAUCAACGUCAUGCCGGUGUGGGUCCGGGGGAUCAACGGAAGCGGCGUUACCGUCUCGAUCGUCGACGACGGCGUGCAGUUCGAUCACCCUGAUUUGCGCGACGCGUGGUUCGAGGAGGCCAGCUAUGAUUUCAAUCUGAGGAACACAAGGCCGUUGCCUGAGACGGGCGACGAUAAUCAUGGGACAAGGUGUGCGGGGCAGAUUGCGGCGGCGCCGAACAAUGUGUGUGGGGUCGGCGUGUCGUAUGGGGUGCGACUGGCUGCUCAAAGGUUGAUUGGGAAUACGACGACGGAUGCAGUUGAAGCGCAGGCUUUGAACUAUCACUUUGAUGAUAUCGACAUCUACUCGUCAUCUUGGGGCCCGGAGGAUGAUGGGGAAUCGUUGGACGGGCCGGGAACACUCGCCACGGCGGCGUUGGUUGCUGGGGUAACGAAAGGCCGUCGCGGGCUGGGGAACAUCUACGUAUUCGCUUCGGGGAAUGGGGGUAUGGAAGGGGACAACUGCAACUUCGACAGCUAUGCCAACUCGAUAUAUACUGUGAGCAUUGGCGCUAUCACGAAUAUCGGGGAUCUGCCGUACUACGCGGAACAGUGCUCCGCCCAUUUGGCUGUUACGUAUAGCGGGGGGCAUGGGCUGGCGAUUACGACCACGGACGCUGGGCCGGGAGCGCCGUGCACUUCCUCGCAUUCGGGGACAUCGGCUGCGGCGCCCCUUGCAUCAGGCAUGAUUGCUUUGAUGUUGAGCGUCAGACCAAACCUAGGCUGGCGCGACGUCCAACACCUCCUCGUCACCACCGCCAAACCCAUUGACGCCAAGGACGAAGGCUGGGCCACCAACGGCGCCGGCCGCCCCGUCAGCCACAAAUACGGGUUCGGCUCCUUGGACGCCACCCUCCUCGUCGACGCCGCCGAGAAACACACGCUCCUUCCCCACCCGGCCAUCAAGGUCGUCAAAACGUCCACGGCGCCCGUUUCCAUCACGCCGAAACAGUCGUUCAUUCAAUCAGCAACCACAUCGAUCGACGUAACCUUGGAGGAUACCGCGGGUCUCACAUCCUUAGAACACGUUCAAGUGACCGUCCGUCUCCGCCACCCACACCGGAAAUUCCUAACCAUAAAGCUCACCUCCCCAUCAAAGACCGUCUCCUACCUCGCCGCCCCACGCAUCAAAGACGAGUCGAACGCCGGUUUAAACCCGUGGACGUUUAUGACCGUCCACAACUGGGGCGAGAACCCGGUAGGGAAAUGGACGUUGCAGAUCGAUGACCUGCGCACGGGUGACACGGACCCAUACACGGGCGAACCUUUCUCGAGGGGAGAGCUGCUACAGUGGACGCUUGUGAUGCAAGGGACGUGUGCGGAGCGGGAUGUGGUGGUAACGCCGGGGCAGGUGCAGGCAGGUGGACGGACGUGUGUGCAUUCGGUGGAGGCGGAUAAACGACAGCGGAAUGUGAUUGGGCUGGUGUUUUUCGGGGCGGCUGUGAUGAUGACGGUUGGCGGAUUCUUCUUCUGGCGACGUACCAGGGGGCCUGCCGUCGUUGGUGGCGGCGGCGGAUGGACGAAGCUGGACACUACGGGUUCAGCCGGCGACCUCGAAUCGCCGACCCGCACGGGGCCGCUACCCACCCUGAACUACUCGUAUCUCGACGACAUGCGCUCACCUGUCGACAUCGAAAGCCCCGCUCCACAACCGCCCGGCGCGCGCGAAUUACCCACAAGCAGCUCCGGGAGCGGGUUCCUGCGCUCGCUGUCCAUCGAGAUGCUGAAUGUGCGGAUGUCCCGCCCGGGCGAGGCGUUGCCGUCGCCCAAUGUCGCUACAUUGAACAAUCCGCCGUUGCCUGCUCCUGAAGCGUCGGAGGGCUCACCUAGUCGGAGCUCGGUUACGAGCGGAGGAUCCCCAAACCAGUACCUCCGCAACCCGCAGGGCCUAUUACCGCCCCCGCCCCCACCACCCCAACGCCCAGAAAACCUAAACCCAUCCCGCUUCAACACCCCCCGUACCGAAUACCUCAAACGCCCCGCCACGCCUUCAUCCCCGUCCGCGCCGUCCCCAUUAAGCAGAUCAUGGACACCCUCGCCUUCCACCAACCCAAUUGCUACGCCCCCGCGAAACAGCACCACCGCUGCGCCCCCGCCGCAGAGAGUUCCGAUCCUCAGCGCCCCGCCGGCAUCGUCUAAUAGCUCGUCGCCGAAUCUGGAGAGGAAGGCGGUUCCAUCGGUCGGCGGUGCGCCAACCUUUGGCACUGGAAGCUCGACCCCGCCGUUGAGCAGAUCGUCAUCGCAACCAAAUUUGAAGCGAGCAUCGAGCGCCGAGCUGCUGAAGAAAGUCAAGGAACGGUGA